AUUGGUCUCCGGAUAACCGAUAUCCCCAUCAUUAGCAACGAGUAUGGCAAUACAGUCUUUGGGUACAUACAACUGUUCAGCACUGUGGACACUGCUGACUCUGCAGUAGCUCUGGAUGAUUAUGGAAGCGCUAGUGGUGUCAUGGUUACUCUGACCAAUAUGGGAAAUAUCACGUUUUCCCUAUCAUCAGACACCGUAAUGGUGAUGAUUGUAGACGAUGAUGUCAUGGAGGAUUCAGAGGAGUUAUUUCUCAGUCUUGUUCCUGGAUCAUUUUCCGGGGACAGAAACAUUGUCAUCAUUGAUCCCGACACAGCACGUCUCAUAAUCAAUAACGACGAUGGUAAGCUUAUUGAGAGAGAUUAAAAUAACCUC